GCCGCGCCCCGCCGGUGGAAGCAAGCAUCCGGCAGACCCUGUCCCCGUAUAUAACCUCGGCCGCGGUAACACCGACAGCGAGAAGGAGCUGAUCCCUACCUAACACUCCUACAAUACCAACCAAGAUGUCACUCACUCUCUUCUACAACCCCAACUCCCCCUACGUCCGCAAGGUCAUCUGCCUCGCCCGCUCCCUCGGCCCCACCUUCUUCUCCCAGCUCAAGCUCAUCAACGUCAUGUCAAUGCCCACCGCCUCUGAUCCGCAACUCGCAAAGGCGAAUCCAUUGGCGAAGGUUCCGACGUUGGUGACGGAGGAUGGAGAGGCAGUGUUUGAUUCGAGGGUUAUUGGUCAGUGGAUGCUGGAGAAGGGGAAAGGUGUGAGACCUACAAUUAGGGACUUGCAGCUUGAAUCACUCGCGGACGGAAUCCUCGACGCCGCACUUCUUGCCCGUUACGAGACCUUUCUCCGUCCGGAGCAGCUGAGAUGGAAUGAAUGGUAUGAAGGACAACUGGAUAAAAUCAGGCGUUCUCUUCAGGUGUUGAACGAGAAGGCAGCUGGGUUGAAGACUGGAAGCGAUAUCGGCUUGGGCGAGAUUAGUAUGGGAACUGCACUUUGGUAUCUCGACAAACGUUGGGCUGAUGUGAUCAAUUGGAGGGAGAUUGCGCCGGGGUUGAAGGGAUGGUACGAGGAGGUUGAGAAGGAGCAGAUAUUUGAAGACAUGCCAGAGGCGUAG